GUGUACAUAUGUGUGUACGUUUGACAAACAAGAGGCACACAGCAGAAAGAGAGCCUUAGUUAGCUGUCUGCUUGGCGCUCCGCCGCCCCUGUGAUGCAUGUUUAUGGCCCAUCAUCUCCAGCCAAUUACCUUGCCCCAGUGUAAAAGCGUGGCGCCUUCUCAUCACAGCCAUCAGAGUCUGAGUGUGAAUACAAAGAGAGACAGUUACCGUUUCUGGACAUCCUUGGCAAAGCGCUCUUUCCUCAAGGGGCUCGAAAGAUUCAUCCAAAACAGUACAGCUGAAGCAGAUGUGUUCAUGUGCUCCAUCCAUGCCAACCUCUCCAUCUAAAUCUCACAAGAUCUCAGUAAUAGUGUGGACAAAAUGAGGCUGGUGUGGAAAUCCUUGGAAAAGAUGAGGUGUAUGAGGAAACGAUCCACUAUCCCCUUCCUCGGCUUCCUCAUCACCUUUCUCCUAUUCUUAAACCUCUACAUCGAAGAUGGCUAUGUGCUGGAAGGAGAUAAAAGGCAGCUCAGGGAAACAUCAGUCCAUCCUCCGAGCUCGGAGCGAUACGUUCACACCUUCAAAGACCUUAGUAAUUUCUCUGGAACCAUUAACGUCACAUACCGCUAUCUUGCUGGAACGCCUUUGAACCGCAAGAAGUUCCUCACUAUCGGACUGUCAUCAGUAAAGAGGAAAAGAGGGAACUACCUCCUGGAGACGAUCAAGUCCAUCUUCGAUCAGUCCAGUUAUGAAGAACUGAAGGAGAUCGUGGUUGUGGUCCAUCUGGCAGACUUUGACCUGGUCUGGUGUGAGAACCUGGUGCAGGAAAUCACCAGGAAGUUUGCUCACCACAUCAUAGCCGGACGCCUCCUMGUCAUCCAGGCCCCAGAGGAGUACUAUCCUUCUCUGGACGGGUUGAAAAGGAACUACAAUGACCCAGAAGACCGGGUCCGGUUCCGCUCCAAGCAGAARGUGGACUACGCUUUCCUUCUGAACUUCUGCACGAACCUGUCCCACUUCUACAUGAUGCUGGAGGACGACGUGCGCUGCUCCAGGAACUUCCUGACGGCUCUGAAGAAGGUGAUCACCUCCAGAGAAGGUUCUUACUGGGUGAUGCUGGAGUUCUCCAAACUGGGCUACAUCGGGAAGCUGUACCACUCCAGAGACCUGCCACGGCUGGCUCAUUUCCUCCUCAUGUUCUAUCAGGAAAUGCCUUGUGACUGGCUCCUCAUCCACUUCAGAGGUCUGCUGGCUCAGAAGGAUGUGAUCCGCUUCAAACCCUCGCUGUUCCAGCACAUGGGCUACUACUCCUCCUAUAAAGGAGUCGAGAACAAACUAAAGGAUGACGAUUUUGAGGAAGACUCUAUCGACAUUCCCGACAACCCCCCUGCCAGCAUUUAUACAAACAUCAACGUCUUUGAAAACUACGACGCCUCUAAGGCUUACAGCACAGUAGACGAAUACUUCUGGGGGAAACCUCCCUCCACUGGAGAUUUCUUUGUUGUAGUUUUUAACAAAUCUACCAAAAUGAGCAAAAUCAAGAUUACUACUGGGUCUGAUGACAGACAAAAUGACGUUCUUCACCAUGGGGCUCUGGAAGUAGGAGAGAAACUAGUUGGGACUAAAAAGGGGAAACAGUGUUCUUCCUACAUUACAUUGGGGGAGUUUAAAAAUGGUAAUAUUGAGGUUCAAGAUGUAGACCACAAAAUUGCCUUUGACAUUGAGUGUGUACGCAUUGUGGUGACAGCCAGUCAAAAAGAAUGGCUCAUUAUUAGAAGUAUAAGUUUAUGGACUACACAACCCCCCAGCCAAUGAGGACUAUACAAAAAAAUUCCUAGUAAGUUAGAGAGGCUAUGUUUUUAUGAUUAUUUAUUGAUGUAUGUUUUUUUCUGGUUUGUUUAUUUAUUCAUUUUAUAUGUAUUUAUUGAAAUUCGUUUUGUCAAAUUUGUCUUUUUUAUACCUUAACAUUAUACCCUUGGUGGACCAUCUUUAUGAUAGUUUUAAGGACUGUUCAGCUCACAUCAGAAGACAAAGAAUAAUAACAUAUUUAGUGGUUUUUGUUUUGUUAUUUUUUCAUCAUUGAACAGCAAUUGUGUUACCUUACUAGGAAACAGAUGUCAGCCUUAUUAUGGUGACAAAAGUCAUCAGUGACAGAAAUAUUUUUGAAUGUUUCUGUUGGCUCUCCAGGAACAUGUUUGUAAGAAUUAAAAAACAUAUUGGCUGUCUA